CGCUGAGGGCAGGGUCGAGUAUAUAGCGAGACAGCGGCGUCAUAGCCACAGCAGUCGUGUUCAGUUGAUUCCAAGUGGAACGUCGUUUUGUGAGGCAUCAUCACCGGCUUCUCGUAAACUAUCUCCAACAAUUGUUGAUCUGCUAACUCUUCAAAAAUGCGUGAGUGCAUCUCCAUUCAUGUUGGACAAGCUGGCGUGCAGAUUGGCAACGCCUGCUGGGAAUUAUACUGCCUGGAGCAUGGAAUUCAGCCCGAUGGCGAAAUGCCGUCAGAUAAAUCCAUUGGCAGUGGUGAUGACAGUUUCAACACCUUCUUCAGUGAGACUGGAGCUGGCAAGCACGUCCCUAGGGCCGUCUUUAUCGAUCUUGAGCCAACUGUAGUCGACGAGGUUCGAACUGGGACAUAUCGCCAAUUGUUCCAUCCCGAGCAGCUCAUAACUGGUAAAGAGGAUGCCGCAAAUAACUACGCUCGAGGUCAUUAUACGAUUGGAAAAGAGAUUGUGGAUUUGGUAUUGGAUAAAAUUAGAAAACUCGCCGAUCAAUGCACUGGCCUCCAGGGAUUCCUGAUUUUCCACUCAUUCGGUGGUGGCACCGGUUCAGGAUUCACUUCUCUUCUUAUGGAACGUCUCUCAGUGGACUACGGAAAGAAGUCGAAACUGGAAUUCGCCAUCUAUCCAGCUCCCCAGGUCUCCACAGCUGUCGUUGAACCCUACAACUCUAUUCUGACAACUCACACCACUCUCGAGCACUCGGACUGCGCCUUUAUGGUUGACAACGAGGCUAUCUACGAUAUCUGUCGCAGGAACCUCGACAUCGAACGCCCGACGUACACCAAUUUGAACAGACUCAUUGGACAGAUUGUCUCCUCGAUUACAGCUUCUCUUCGAUUUGAUGGAGCCCUUAACGUCGAUCUCACCGAAUUCCAGACUAAUUUAGUGCCCUAUCCGAGGAUUCACUUCCCCCUGGUCACUUAUGCACCAGUCAUUUCAGCCGAGAAAGCCUAUCACGAGCAGUUGUCCGUUGGCGAGAUUACCAACGCCUGCUUCGAGCCAGCCAAUCAAAUGGUCAAGUGCGAUCCUCGUCAUGGAAAGUACAUGGCCUGCUGCAUGCUUUAUCGAGGGGAUGUUGUCCCCAAGGACGUCAAUGCAGCCAUCGCCACCAUCAAGACAAAACGCACCAUCCAAUUCGUCGAUUGGUGUCCAACUGGAUUCAAGGUGGGCAUCAAUUACCAGCCCCCAACUGUCGUGCCUGGUGGUGAUCUCGCCAAGGUACAGCGUGCUGUCUGCAUGUUGUCAAACACCACCGCCAUCGCCGAGGCGUGGGCUCGUCUCGAUCAUAAAUUUGAUCUCAUGUAUGCUAAGCGCGCAUUUGUCCACUGGUACGUGGGCGAGGGUAUGGAGGAGGGUGAGUUCUCCGAGGCUCGAGAGGAUCUCGCUGCUCUCGAGAAGGAUUACGAGGAGGUCGGCAUGGAUUCCGCCGAGGGGGAGGGCGAAGGAGCUGAGGAGUAUUAAAAGCUCAACUAUUCAAGUGUAUUCUCACAACACAAUGUAAUCGCUUUACUGAGGAUUAAAACGACAUUUUGUAAUCCA